CGUGUAGUCAGGGACAAACCGAUGAAAUUUAUGGUUACGUUUAGUUUCUGAAACAUGCACGGACUUCCAAUAAUGCCAUGCUUCGUGUAUCGGGAAGUUCCGAGUGCCUCGAUGCUCGUAAAAUUAUUUAGCUACCAGUCUUUGUUUAUGUGCAAGUAGAAGAGAACUGUGACUUAGAUAGUAACUCGGUUGACAUGCUCUUGGAGCUUAGAGACUUUUGUUAAUGACGUGUGCUAAAACUAUUUAAGAGAAGAAAGUUCAGACGGAUACAGCCUUUUUGCCUAUGGACUUUUCACAUUUUAUUAAAACUAUUAAAGCCUGCCAGUUUUGUUCUCGCGGUCUUUGCUCGGAAGUAGCAUCGGAUGUCUCAUUCGUGCUGGUUACACAUAAAAUGUUAGAGAAUCAUUGGCAAAUGAGUAAUUUUUAUCAAAUGUAUGGGAUCCAUUUAGGAGAUUUAAACACAAGGGAACACCUCUGGCCUAGCACGCAAAAGCCCGCCUUAUCCAGAAACAUAGAUCCUGGAUGACGGGACCGAUAAGAACAUCUCGUUGAACGUAGUUGCUACUUUCCAGAAAGAGGUAACCGUUUAGCGUGAAUACAAAAGAAAUUAGAGAAAUUAUGGACGGUAACACCGAUGGAACGGACAAUGUGAAUCUAAGUGGUGGAGAGAACGACGCAGGAGAUGAGUUGAAGAUAGCUGCUGAUGAAACAUAUGAUACGCGUAGCGAAGUCUCUUCCAGCAGUUCGGAAUCUGAUUCAAGCCAGCCGAGUAUAAGCUCGGUAUCUUCCGAUUCGUCACAAAGCGAAGAUGACCACAGCAGAAGAAGGGGAAAGCGUGCACGUUCAAAAAAUUCCGAUUCAUCGUCCAAUUCCGAACCAAAACGAGCCAAAUCUAGAGAGAGCCGGGGAAUUGCCAAGAACUAUGAUUAUGCCACGAAGUUGAAUUACUUGUUUAGAGACGCGAGAUUUUUCAUCAUCAAAUCUAACAAUGCGGAGAACGUGACACUGUCCAAGGCUAAAGGCGUUUGGAGUACGCUGCCCCAAAAUGAAGCAAACUUAAAUCAAGCCUUCAGAGAGUCCAGAAAUGUUCUGCUUAUUUUUUCGGUCAAAGAAUCAGGAAAAUUCGCCGGUUUUGCAAGACUUAGCACCGAGUCUAGAAGAGACGGACCAUCCAUAUCGUGGGUGUUGCCUCCGGGUUUAUCGGCAAAGGCUCUAGGAGGGGUAUUUAAAGUAGACUGGAUCUGCAGGAAGGAAUUACCAUUCGCUGCGACUCUACAUCUCUAUAAUCCAUGGAACGACGGGAAACAAGUGAAGAUUGGGCGAGAUGGUCAGGAAAUCGAGCCUCGAGUUGCCGAGGAAUUAUGUAGACUCUUCCCAGAGGACGAAGGAAUAGAAAUGACCCCGAUACUCAGAAAAUCCAAGGACGCAGCCAAGUACGUAACCAGGUCGUCGCGAAGUCAUCGCGACAGCAGGCAGUUGACAUCGAACUCUAGAAUUCUUCGCAUUCGAGGUGGUAGAAGAGGACGCAAGCUUUUCCUUACAUCCAGGUCUCGUUUGGCUUCCCUCGCAAGAAGUGGAUUAGCCCAUGGAGAUCACAGAAGUUCCAGGGACCGACGAUAUUCUGCUUGGUUCGGUCGAGGAGAUUCUCCUUACUCAAAAAGUUAUGGGGGAUCUGGACUGGGGGUUGCUGCUGCUGCGGAAGCCUAUGUUGCAGAUUACAUGAGGACGAUGCAACAUCAGUUACCUCCUUUGCCCCCCUACGUAACAUCUCAUCCUUACGAUACUUUACCACCACCUCCUCCGCCACCACUUCCAAGAUACUACGAUGGACUACCUUUACCUCCGGAUUAUAGUGCAGCUACGUCUAACGUGGACAAGCGCAGCUACGAACGCAGUGUCGACGAGUUCCUCUGGAGAACGAGUCGUCACAGUCGACAUAACGAUCAUCGGUCCUCUCGUGAUCAUCACCAUCAUCGAUACAGAGACCGUAGAUAGAACAUUUCACAAUUUUAUAUCACCGUCCCACCACAUGUUUGCUGCUAAAUACGCGCACGCGAUGUUUCAAUUGUGUGAAACUGAGACGUAUAGGUGUCUAAUUACGCAUGUUUUCCCAGUAACUUCAGAAAUUUCGAAGAAAUCGUUGAAGUAACGAUAAACGCUCUCCUUCAAGGACGAUUUUCGGGGUUCUUUCACGAGUAUGCACCGAAUCAGUGGGCUACUGUCCCUCGAUUAAUCAGGGGCUUUAAUUGCUGUUAAUUCCCUCCCUUUCGUUAAAUCGGCCGCAAACAUUUCCACUCUAUUUUUUUUUUUUUUCUUCCUUUUCGUCAACUGUUGAACGUAUAGUACAAGACGGUUACAAGGAACCGUAAACUCUGGAAUGGAAGCGAGUUUUCAUUCAUUGGGCGAUAGAGCCAUUGCUGCCCCUCGGUAACUAAUUUAUCGAGAGGAUUUCCAAUGAUAUCAAAGGUAUCACGAUGUAUUAGUGUGGCCUAUUGGGCUAAUUUUAGCGAAAUUAUCCGCGAAUGUCCAUGUGCAAUUUGGCAAGGUUUAUCCGGAUGUCGGUUUAAGUGUACACCAAGGGUGAUUAUUUAAUUGAUAACUCGCUGUCGCUGUAAAAUAUGCCGCGGGCCCAAGUACUUUUAAUAUUUUUUAUUUGCCUAGACAAUUUGACGGCACGUCAAUUACCUCUUCCAUUAUUCUCGGAUUUUUACACGCGAGUGUACGCACUGUAUCCAUUUCUUUCUUUUUUUUUCUACUCAUAACCAUCGUAAUCUUUCGUUCGUAAUGAAACCCUUUUUCACAAGUGUAACUGUUAUCUUCGCUUGUAAUCCUUUAAAGAUCUCUCGAUUGAUUUAUAAAGGUUAAAUAUAUAUAUAUUCGUAUAUAUGGAUUAUUACCGUGUAGUCGAGACUCCAGCUGUCCGAAUUUAAUAAAGCUUAUGCUAUCAUCAGUUAUGUCCGUACCGAA